AUGAGUAAUGAUGAUUCUCUGAUAACAUCAAUGCCAACGUCAUCAUUGACAAGCUGCAGCGGCACAGAAGGCAAUAUUUCGUCUGCUAUUCCUGACGAUUCCUCGAGUAGUAAAGGAGGCGAAUCUUCUUCCUUAUCACCUAAUCAUCAUCAUGUUGACGCUAUGAAAAAACUUGAUUGUUCACAACAUCAUGAUGAUAAUUCAGAAUCUUCUUCCAUUCCAACAACAACAACAACAACACCAACAACAAUAAUCAAUAGAACUAUAAAGGACGUAUCAGCAGCUGUUCUCUAUCAAAGUGUUUCAACUUCAUUGGAAGAUAUGAAUGGGAAUAAUUUAAUAGAACACCAAUCAUCGUCCAAUUCAUCCUCUUCCUCAUCGAUUGUCACGGAAUUGGGUGUUGUCUAUCCAAUAUCAUCAUCAUCAUCAACACUUUCAUCAUCACAAAAUGAUGAAAUUAAUAAUAACAAUAAUUCAUCAUCAGCAACAAUUGCAUCAUCAUCAACAGCCCUAACAUCCAAUACAACUAGCACGAGGAAACCACUCGUUAUUACUUCAUCCUUGCCAACUCCACCCUCCGAAAUUAGUCUUCUCAAUCAGGUGGCUUCUAAUCAUGAAAAUCAGGAAAGUUCUAAUCAUUCAAAUCCUCACAAUAGUAUGAGUGAUAUAAGUACGAGAAGUACCACAGAGGAGAAUGUCUUUCCUCAUUCACAGAUAGAUCCCUAUGAUUUGGGAAUUACAUCUUCCGGAAGAAAGAUUAGAGAUUCUCUCAUUAUUUGCUCGGGUCCAACUACAAGUAGUACUGUAUUACCAUUUUCAACUCUUUCACUUGCUAUUCAGUCCAAUAAGAGAAGUAGUACAUCAAGCACUACAAGUAGUACAGUUGGUGUUAAUACUAAUGGAGGAGUUACGAAUAGAAAGAAGGAUAAAAAUCCACCAGCUCAGUCAAUUGUUACAUCAACCCAACAAGUUGUGGUCAAUGUUACUCCUGUUAAUAAUGAUCCAAAACAUGAAUUAAUUACAAUGUUGCAUCGAUUGAUUUCUGAACAUCAAGUGGAAAAGUUGGAAAAAAUACUGAGAGAGGAAAAGAAGAAAGUUUCUAAUGAAGAUUCGAAUCAAUCAACAAAUGGAACGGGAAACAAUCAUGAAAAAACAUCUCCAGAACACUCUAGGACCAAUAGUGGUAGUAGCACUAAUAGUGUCAAUAGUACCAAUCAGACAACCAAUGAAUUACAGAAUGGAGCAGUCAGCUCGACCAACAUAGAACCAAAGAAGCAGUCACAACAACAGGAAACCACAAUUAGUGGAAAGUUUGACAUUGACUCUGAAUUUAUUUCAGAGCAAACAGGAAGAACUCUCCUAAUGACAGCCGUAGCUCAUGAAAAUAUCAAAAUUAUUCGUCUUCUCUGUGAGGAGUUUGGGGCCGAUUUGGAAUUUAGAGACAAGAGAGGUAGAACUGCAGUGUUUUAUGCUUGUAAUGUGAGUCCACAUAGAACUGCAGCCAUUCUUCAAUAUUUAAUUGGAGAGGGUGCAAACGUUAAUUUGCAGGACAAUGAAGACAAUUCUCCAUUCUACCUUUGCAUGGAAUCACAAAAUUUCCAAGCUGCUACUGUUUUAUUUGCUGAUGGUAAGGCCAAUGUCAAUACUCAAGUCGGCCCAGAGAAGAAUACACCAAUCCACAUUGCCAUCAAGAAGGAUUUAAUUACAAGUGUGCACUUCCUUGUAAAGAGAUGUAUGUGUGAUUUGACAAUUCCAAACUCGAGAGGAGAAACUCCAAUAUUUCUUGCUUUACAACACCCAGCCAUUCUGAAUCAAAUAUUGAUGGACCUGACCGAUAAGAAGGUGAAUACAGAAAUUUUCGAUGCCAACAAUUACAAACUCAAGGCAAUAGAAAUUGAAGAUGAAAAUAAGAAUAACUGUCUCCAUAUUUGUGCAGAAUUUGGAUAUAUUGAUUCAGUGGGUGAGAUUUUGAGUGUCCUCCCAGAGGAAAUUGUAAGAAGACUCAGCUCUUCACAAAAUAGAGAAGGAAAUACUCCUCUCCAUGUAGCAGUAGCACACAAUCAUCCAGAGCUAACAUUUGUACUUUUGUUUGUCAAUCCAGAUUGUGCCUUCUUCCAGAAUUCAGACUGGGAUACACCACUCCAUGUUGCAUUGAAACAAGGCAAUUUCAAAUCAGCCAGAAUAUUAUUCCCUCUUUCUAAAUAUUUAGAUUUACAAAAUGCUGAAGGUCAAUCAAUUCAAUACUUGGUACAACUCUUUGGUCAGGAAUUGAAACAAGAGGAUGACACUCUGAAAAAUUUAACGGAAGGCGAAUUCUACAAACCAGGAUCCUAUCAUUUUGAAACUUUACUUCAAGAUUUCUCGUUCAUUAGUAGAAUGAAAGAUUAUCUGGCAACCACCAAUCAACAGGACACAAUAACAUUCUUUGAAACUGUAAUGGAAUAUCAACUCGUACCAACAACUUCUCAACGAUAUGAAAUGGCAGAAAAGAUUGUUCAACAAUACUUUUCAGAUAAUUCUAAAGUCAAAUUCCUCAAACCAAAGAAGGAAGAAUUCAUUACCAAGUGGAAAGAAUACUCAAAGAUAUUUUGCCCUGCCUAUCUCUUUGAGACUAGUUUGGAUCUUGCUUUGGAUGAGAUGAGACAAACUCUCUUCCCAAAGUUUGUUGCUUCCAAAGUUUUCAAGAAAUGGGUCGAGAACAAAUCCAAGUCAGAUCCUACUUUCUAUCUGAGAUUCCUAAAACGUGAGUCAACUCCACAGGAACAAGAAAAAUCCGACUCAAAUCCACUCAAUCUCUUUGAGGAAACUCUACAGGAAGAACAAGAAAAUGAGCUCAGAAAUAGAAAAACCUGUAGCAAGUGUGGAGAUGUUCUAUUGGAUCCAACUGAUCACCUAUUUAUCAAUAGCGAUUUUGAUACGGCCAUUGAUCAGUCUAUGGAAUUUGUUGGAUGGUCACAAUUAGAAUCUGAUCAAACUCUGGGAAAGGUGUAUAUUAGUCCAAAGGGUGCUCACAUUCACUUGGAUAGCAAGAAGAAAUAUACUGCUGUGAAAUUCACUGGACACUUGGAAUAUUCCAAUCAUUCUGUUUUCAACAUGUGGAUAGAUCCUGAAUAUUUGUGCAUGAGAGAUCCAACCAUUUUAACAUCCAAGCAAAUUGACACUGCCUCAAGUAGACAUUUCUACAGUGUCAUUUACCAUGAUAUUUAUUCAAUGGCUUGGCCAAACUCAAAUCGUGAUUUCCUCACAGCCAUGUGUUGCACAUACAGACCUAAUACUAACACAUAUAUUUGCCUCCAAAAAUCAGUAGCUCAUCCAAAAUGUCCAGAAAAUUCCAAACAAGUAAGAGCCAAGAUCAAAUCUCUGUUUAUCGUAGAAAGAAUCAAUGACACUCGUAGUAAAUACACAUACCAAGUUGUCACUGAUUUUGGAGGAUUCCUUGGUUCUGAUUUUUAUGCCAACAUGACAAGAGACAGAGGAAACUUUUUCCAUCUCUUACUUUCUAGAACUGUUAAAGCACGUGAACUAUCAGGGAAAGGUAAACCAGAAAAUGGUGGAUUAUUGGAAAGUUUAGACUAUUACAUUGCUCACUCUCAAAACAAUGAGUAAUUUUACUGUUAUUGAGGCAAAUAGAAUUCUUGAAUAUUUGUCAUAGUUAAUAGAGAACAACACUGCUCAAAUCCAAUAACCUUCCAACAAUCGAUUCCAACAAUAUGACUUUCGGAAGAGGAAAACACACUCCGUUCUUCUCCGUGUUUAUUUUUGUAAAGAAGGCCAAAAUUAAAAAUUUGAUUUUUUU